AUGCACGCAGCAGCAUAUCAUAUCCAGGAUGUUCUCGACAAAUUCAAGAAUUUGAAACAGUUCAGUGGACAAGGUAUGUUUGUAUCCUGCCAAUAUGAGAUAUUGCAUUUUAUAUUUUUUGCACUUUCUUUACAGGUGUAGAGAAAAACAAUGAUGUUGCCAGAAGUAUAGUCCUUCGUAAGUCAAACAAUUUUGACAGCCCUGCAGUGGUGAUACGAGCGGAGCACAAAAUUAACACUCUGCACAAGAGAGAAAGAAGGAAAAGAGGAUACAAAAAAGUUGCAACUGAGUUUUGGAAUGACGGGAAGCAAGAGGCCAGUAAAAAUAAAAAACAGAAGUGCAUAAGCAUACAAAAGCCGGAUGUUUCAAAUAAAAUUGGAGAAGAUAACAGCAGCAUACCAGAGCAACCUGCAAAUGUGCAACAAAGAAAUGUGCAAAAAGGAGCAAAAAAGCCAAAGAAAAAAAAGCAAACAAAGAAAAGAUAGCUCCCACAUGUAUAUAGGUGUAUAAAAUUAUAAACCUUCUAGCUUCUACCACCCUCGCCAUCCCCCCUGUUCUGUAUAUAUUAUAUGACAACAAAAAGGAUGGCAACCUAAAGCACAAAAAGAGACAUUGAUGAAAACAUAAUAGACUAGCCGAUAUCUUGGUUCCCCACCACAACAUGUUUUUGACAGAUCAGGAAAUUACAUCACCAGGGUCUGAUAUGGAGAAAAUGUUAAUGGACUAAUCACUGUAAUCGUCAAUGGAGUAAAAACCAUUACAUAGACAAAUUAAGAUAUUAAAGUAGAGUGCACCUGAAUUUAUUUUGGCUGAUGGAUAAUUAAAUAUUUCCUCAUGCAGCUACUUUAAUAAAAUCCAUUGACAUUUUCUCCAGAUAAGACCUGGGUGAUGGAACAACAUUUCCUGAUGUUUCGACAAUGUGUUGUGUUAGUGACUAAUAUAUAGAAUGUCUAACUUUUACAGGAAAAUGCAGCUUAGUUCCUUGACCAUGAUGGUCAAGCAAAUUAUUCCGGUCAUUUGAAAAAAAAGUCUCCUCAAAAUCUUUUUUUUCUAGCAGAAACCAGAGUCCAUGUUUUGUCCCCUUAUAUAUAUAUAUAUAUAUGAUAUUAUAUAGUAUAUAAUAUGUGUGAUAUUAUAUAGUAUAUAUAUAUAUAUAUAUAUAUGAUAUUUUUGUAAAAGUUUGUAACUGAUCUAUUAAAAAUCUUCAAUAAAAACAUACUAAAUUUUCGGCUGCCAACUGCAGCCUUCUUCAGAGUAUUUUGGCCGUGUUCGAUUAGUUCAAGUCCUUUUAUGCCUUAUCCCGUUACACUCAAUUGAUUCUAACAAUGGUAAAUACGAAACCGGAAAUUCUAUGUGUUCAUUGACUGCAUUUUUGUCUAGUACAGAAUGUAACGCUUCAAGAAACCUUCUUUUGUCAUAGUUUUUAAUGCCUUUUUCCAAAAUAUUUACGUCAGUUUUAGCGACUUCAUGACCUGUCUGUUCAGCAUGUUCUUUUAUAGCUGAAAAAGUCUUUUUUCUUACGCCUGGUUUGUGUUCAAGCCAUCGGGAACACCAACAUCUUUUUGACUCCCCGACAUAAGUGAAUGAGCACGACUCGCAUUUGAAUUUGUACACAAUAGCUUUUGUUCGCAUUUCCUGUGGUCUUUCUUUUGGUUUUUUGAAUACAUUCUCUAACGUGACUAUCGGCUUGAAUGCUGUCCGAACGCCUGCUCGAGUUAAGAUGCUUUUGACUUUUUCCGACACACCUUUCACAUACGGAAUGCACGUCGAGCCACGAAUCUCAAAUUCAGAAGAAUUUUGUUGUGUUUUGUUUGUAUUUCUAACAUUAUCAAUAAACGCUUUCUUGUAUCCAUUUAACUCUAACACUUCUGCUACUCUAUCCGUUUCCUCCUUCUGUAAAACUUGGUUUGAUGGAAUAACUCUCGCUCGGUCUAAUAAUGAUUUUACAACUGCGAUCUUGUCUCUUACAGGGCUAUGUGAGCCAAAAUCUAGAUAUUUGUCGGUGUGUGUGCUCUUACGGAAAACUUUAAUCGAAAUGUCUGUAGAAAUUUUACAAAUCUCUGUAUCCAGGAAAGCGAUUGUUUGCAUGUCUCCAUUUACUGCCGGUGUUUCAAUGGUAAACUGAAUACAAGGAUUUAUAGAAUUUAAAUGAUCAUGAAAAGCUAUUAUAUCGUUUUGUUUUAAACACGCGUUUGAGUCAUCAACAUAUCUUUUCCACCAUCGUAUCGGCACUGGGGAUGUUCUCAAAGCAAUUUUUUCCACCCUUUGCAUAACUAGCUCAGCAAUAACCGCACUUACUGGUGAACCCAUUGCGCAACCAGAAAUCUGAUGGUAGUGCUUUCCAUUAAACACAAAAAAGCUAUUUUUUAAGACAAAAGCCAAAAGACUGUAAAUCUGUUCUAUCGUCAACUUUGUGUGCUCUUUCCAAAUCUCUGUAUUUUCUAGUUCUUCUUUAACGAUUUUUAGUGCUAAAUCUACCGGAAUUGAUGUGAAAAGCGAAGUGACAUCAAAUGACACAAUUUGUUCAUCGGGUUCUACUGUUUGGGUCAUUACAAAAUCAACAAAAUCUUUUGAAUUUCUAACCGCAUGAUCGCCUUCGUAGAGGUGUUUUAACACGGAUGCCAUUUA